AUGUAUGUGUGUGCAUGGCCGUCUGCAUUUGCUCACGCGGACGGUGGUGUUCGCAAGUAUUCUAGUCUCAACAAUGUGCGGUCUCCUGCUGGGACUACUGGUAGCCGCUACUACAGCUAUUACGACGACACUGAUGAGCCAUAUGAUAACUAUGAUAACGAAAGCUUACCAUAUGAUUACCUGGAAGAUAUCGACCUCAUUACGGUGAACAGUGGAAAUUAUUGUGGCUCAAGUCGUUGGAAGACAACCUCUCGUAUGGCAACCCAUCCACUUGCCGAAAUAUUUUGCUCAAGCGACAUCGUCAACACUUCACUCGUAUCGAAUUCGAGCACCGUUCCUGUGAUAGUGUUCAUGCGUCGAAGACGUAAUGAUACCGUCACAGAAUUGGAAUACCGCAUCGCGGAAGAAACGGAGAAGGAAAAAUGA